AAAAGUUGUACCCAGAGCGUAGCUUUGGAACGUAACCAUAAAUGAUUGACAGCACAGCACAGGCGACAGGAAAUGACAGCUGAUCUGACGCUGACAGUGACAGAUGCAUUUAUUUAUUUUUCUCUCGUUGUGUCGUCCUAUAUUAUUCGAUUAUUUUUUCGGUUCAAUAGUUAAUAAUUUAAUUUGAUCAUGGUUGUAAUGAGGAGAUGUUUUCUACGGUUGACGAGGUUACGAAACCUUAUAACUAUUACAGUGAUAGUAAUAAUACUGUAUUUGCUUAAACAUCUCAGCAGUAUGCAGGUUAAUAAUCUGCCAGAAGUUUUAAAUUUGAGGGUUGCUCAGGUUGAACCACAAAUCAUUGGCCAUAAAAAAAACACACAUUUUGUACCUUCCAGUUAUAAGAAAAAGGACUGGCAUAACCACACCCAGAUAGAUUAUGAACGAAAACGUGUUGGUAUCGGUGAACAAGGUAGGCCAGCGAGCUUGCCAAAAACUGAUGGAGCUCUGGAAGAAAAACUGUACUCAGUAAACGGAUUCAAUGGAGCGCUCAGUGACAGAAUACCUUUGAACCGAUCAUUACCAGACAUAAGACACCCGGGAUGCAAGAAAAAAAUGUAUAUAGAAUCUUUGCCCACUGUGAGCGUGAUAGUGCCAUUCCACAACGAACAUUGGAGCACAUUGCUUAGAACAGCUUUUAGUGUAUUGUACAGAUCGCCGGAGCAUUUAAUCAAGGAGAUUUUUCUAGUCGAUGAUGCCAGUACCAAAGAUUUCCUCAAGAAGGACCUUGAAGUUUACCUAGCGAAGUACAUGCCAAAAGUGAAGGUUGUAAGAGUGGCUAAUCGCAGCGGUUUGAUAACGGCGCGACUCGCCGGUGCUAAACUGGCCACGUCUGACGUUCUGGUCUUCCUGGACUCCCAUACAGAGGCUAAUGUCAACUGGCUGCCACCACUGCUAGAACCUAUCGCGUUGGACUAUCGCACCGUCGUGUGUCCAUUCAUCGACGUGAUAGCAUACGACUCGUUCGAAUAUAGGGCUCAGGAUGAAGGGGCUCGAGGGGCAUUCGACUGGGAACUGUUCUACAAGAGGUUGCCGGUGCUGCCCAAAGACGAAGCCAAUAUGCCGGAGCCAUUCGCGAGUCCAGUGAUGGCGGGUGGUUUGUUCGCGAUAUCUACCGCUUUCUUCUGGGAGUUGGGAGGUUACGACCCUGGCCUGGACAUCUGGGGAGGAGAGCAGUACGAGCUUAGUUUCAAAAUAUGGCAAUGCGGCGGUCGUAUGGUAGACGCGCCUUGUUCCCGCGUGGGCCACAUCUACAGAAAGUUCGCGCCAUUCCCCAAUCCCGGCCACGGGGACUUCGUGGGCAAGAACUACCGCCGCGUAGCCGAAGUGUGGAUGGACGAAUAUGCGGAAUAUUUGUACCAGAGGCGUCCCUCAUAUCGUCAGAUUGAUCCGGGCGAUCUGACCGUUCAAAGGGAGCUACGCGACCGUCUGCACUGCAAGCCGUUCCGAUGGUUUAUGACGCAGGUAGCAUUCGAUCUGGUGUACAAAUAUCCAGUAGUGGAACCAAGCCCGUUUGCAGAGGGACGGAUAAGGCCUACAGUGGAUCUCAAAUUGUGCGUAGACGCGCACAAAGGCCAACAGAUGGAAAAAUUGUUACUUCGAGAAUGUUCCGACCGACAGACUGCUGAGCAACAUUUCCUAUUUUCUUGGCAUAAGGAUAUCAAAUGUCAGAAGCGUAAUAUGUGCUGGGAUCUACCGGAUUCGCGGCCAAAAAGCGGUAUAUUGCUGUACGGAUGCCAUUUGGGUGGCGGUAACCAAUUAUGGAAGUACGAUGAGAAAACGAAGCAAAUCAAAGCGGGCAGCAACGGCAACUGCGUCGAUAUGGACAUAACAUCGCGCGAUCUGUACAUAAACCGUUGCGAUUCGUCAAGCGAAACUCAGCGAUGGACCGUAGACAGGGUGGAUAGUGAAAUGCUCGCAAAAUGGGACUCUAUGUACACCAGAGUCACUGGCCCAGUCGAGGACUAUUAGACAAGAUAAAUAAAGGUGAAUAUUGUUUGAAAUUAGACGUGUAUUUUGUAGAAAGAAGUGUUUCAUGUAGUCUUUGGAAAAUGACAAAUAUUGUCUUUUUGCGUAAUAUGUCGAUGCGAUAUUAUUGUAUAACACGUUUGUGUGAGUUUUACUUCAUGUAUUUAAAACAUUUACGUUUUUAUUUUUUACACCGAUCUACAGUUAUAAAUAUGAGAGUUCAGAGGAUUUUAACCUGUAAAUCUUUGAAUGUGUUUUUAUGUUUUAGUGAUUUUCAUGUACACCUUUAACAGGUUUCACCAUUAUUACUAAUUUAUUUUUAUUUAAAGCAUAAAAGUGCUUUUUAUAUCUUGAGAUUUUUUUACUAGAUAAAAACAGCCUGACACCUGGCCCAGUGGAAUUGAACCGCCUUUUUAUUGUUAUGGCAAUAAAGCUGGGUAAUUUAAAAUGGAAGUUUUAAUUCAAAUAAUAUUUUUUACGCAAACUUGCAAUAAUUUUUUUGAAGUCGGGAUACAAAUAUAUUAAUUCCAAAAUCUCGAAUUAAUUGCCUAAGUCGGUGCAUUUAUUUGAUAUUUUUUUUGUUAUCAUUUACGUAAUGAGUUUUACAUUGGGGCAACACUAUCGCAAUAUUGCAAGGAUUUGUCGUUUUCACGACACAUCUAACCAAGCAAUAGUCACAUUUCUGACCGUGUUCUGAGACGUGACUUAUAAUCGUAGUAUCCGUGUAAUUGGUGUUCUAUCUAAAAACACACAUAGGGCUUUUUUUCUGGAAAAACAUAAAAUAUUUACACGUCUUAGAGAAGUGUCGCCGCAGCGAGAGGGCGACUGAAUGCAAGUCGGGCAAUUACCUGACUUUCGUAUUGCCAUUAUAGAAGCCUGUAUGACGUAUUUAUAACUAUAAAACUUCAUAGAUAUUAUGUAACUACUUAUUUGGAUUUGAAUACCGUAAUUUUACAGUAUUCUUAAUUUAGACGGAUUCUUGAAACCUGAAACCUAAAUUAUUAACUUUAUUGUCGAAGUUAUGGUUGCAUUUUAACAUAAACUAUUUGAAACAUACGUAUUUAUGUUCCGCCUAAUGGUAAAGUAAAUAAAUAAAUAAAAUUAGAUAAAACUAAAAAGUCGCAAAAAUUUACUACGCAUAAAAAAUAUAUUAAUUGUUCUUGCACAAUAAAAAAAAACUCAUUUUGUAUUAAAUCGGUAUAGAUCGAUAUUUUACACGCAAUGUAAAGUUAUAAUUAUAAUGUAUUUAGUUAAUUAACAUUCCAUAAUUAUUCCUUUAUUUAAUUGUAUACAAAUAUUUUGAUUUAAAAAAUAAAAUACGUAUUUUUAUAUCCCGCCUAAUGGUAAAAUAAAUAAAUAAAAUUAGAUAAAACUACAAAGUCACAAAAAUUUACUACACAUACAAAAAAAUAUUCAUUGUUCUUGCACAAUAAAAAAAAAACAAAAACUCAUUUUGUAUUAAAUCGGUAUAGAUCGAUAUUUUACACGCAAUGUAAAAUUAUAAUGUAUUUAGUUACUUAUCGUUCCAUA